AUGUUGGAACGCGUAGAGCUGCUGUAUAAGACCGUACAAGCCAAUAUCCCCGCCAACGGCCAGAAGAUCUCAAUCAAAGCCAACUUUGGCAACCUGGGUGCCAACGUCAGCGCCAACAGGGCAUUGGUGGUUGGAAGCUCCAAGUCUGGAACAUGCAACAUCUUCAAGGAUGCGGCUGCGACGCAGCGUGUUGCUACGAUCAAGGCUGGCGCUGAUGAUGCGCGCUUCAUGGCGGUCAACUUGGUCAACGGUGUGAUUGUUUGCCAGGUUUAA